CCGGCAGCGGGAAACCUCCUCCUCUUCCUCCUCCUCAGCGCGAUCUGUCGGUACCGGCGUCUGCGGCGCGAUGCGCGAUGGGUCAGGCGUGCGGACACUCGCUGCUCUGCCGUAGCCAGCAGUACCGGACCCCGGCGGCGGCCGAACUACGCGGACAGCAAGUGUUUCUGAGAGCCGACGACACACCUGCUGCUGUCCUGCCCUCCCUACAGGAUGCAUUGCUGCAGUUGGCCUCCGUUGUUGAUGUCAGCAGCCUUCAGACGACCAUCAAAGAUGUGCUCAGAGUUGUCCUGCCAACCGUGGAGUGUGUGUUCGUGUACCUGUUGGAGGCGGAGUCUCGGCUGCGAUGUGAGGAUCCGCCCCAUGAGGUGCCGUCAGAGGGCAAGCUCAGAGACGCGGUGAAGCAGCAGAAGAGACUGCAGUGCUCCGGCCUGCCAUCAGCAGAACUCCAUCAGAAACAGAGCGGCUCGCUGAGCACACCACUGCCGGCCCACAAACGAGUGCUCAUCAUUCCUCUGGUGGACGAUGAUGAAGGGAAGGUGAUCUCUCUGAUUCUGCUCUGCUGUAAACCGCUGACAGAACAAGAUGAACAAAACCUCAACAUCCUGGAUAUACAGCUCACCGUGGCCUGUAAGCGAGUCAGAGACAUUCAGAGAUGCUCCAAACGGCCACACGCUCAAUCCCACAAUGCACCAGCGGAGUCCAAAGCCAGAGCACAGGCGGAGGACUACAGAGAGCUCGACCGCAAGAUCCUACGGCUGUGUGGUGACGGCUCUGUUUCCAAACCUAGUGAGCUGCCUACAUAG